GCCCAAGGCAAUACUCCUCAUAACUUUUGACCUAAAUACCCAUCUCUCAGAGCAUAAGCAGCGGCUGUAAUUCCCAUCUCAACCCUCGCAACACCCUCUUCUGCCCCUGUAAAUCUCUCUCCUUCUUCUACCUUUUACCCGCGCACUUUCAAAUUAUCGUUACUUUCGGCAAUAUUUUCUUCUAAACAAAUGAAGAAAUAUUGGGUUGUGUUUUCUUUUUAUUUAUCUUGAUGAGGUCGCUUUUAGUUGAAUUAUUGGCAGAUCGCUUCGUGUUUUUCGAAGAUUCUUCAAACUUUGAGUGUCUUUGCAGCUGGGUUCGGGCCGAGUACUGUUCUUGACAACGACUUUAUGCGAAAGAGUGGAAAUUUCAUUUUUUGACAUUUAUCAGGUAAUUAUUUCAAGCUUGAGAGGAAAAUGGUGAACCAUGACUUGAUGUUUGGACAGAAUCACAGUGUCUCUCUUAGUCAGAACCAGAUUAGCCAUAAUCAUAAUGUGACUAUUGCUCAAAACCAUGGCUUGGAGGUGGGCCAAACUCAUGACCAUGAAGCAGGUUUGGGGCAGAGCCAUGAUGGCGAGGGCAAUGAUGAUCAUGGAUAUGAACACGAGAGUGGGGUAAUGUUGGAGCAGAAGCCUGAAGAUGAUGUCCAUGCUGCACCUUUACCUACAGAGAGCAAUGAGUUGGAUAUGUCCGAACACAAUGAAUUGGUUGUAUCUGGGAACCAGGAACUUGACGAGAAUAUGGAAUUAGCUGUGAUCCAGCAGGACUUGGGUAUUGAACCGAUGCAUGAUAUGAGUGUUCAGCAGGGUCCUCUAGUAGUUACUCCUAGUCAUGUUCUUCAGGCGCGUACUCUUGCUGUGAGCCCUAAUUAUGAGCUUCAUGUGGGACAAGAAUUUCCUGAUGUCAAAGCCUGUCGAAGGGCUUUGAGGGACACAGCUAUUGCCCUUCACUUUGAAAUGCAAACCAUAAAAUCAGAUAAAACUCGCUUUACUGCUAAAUGUGCAAAUGAGGGGUGCCCCUGGCGCAUUCAUGCUGCGAAGCUUCCCGGUAUGCCCACUUUCACAAUCAGGACCAUCAAUGACAACCAUACAUGUGGUGGAAUCGCUCAUCUUGGCCAUCAGCAAGCCUCAGUUCAGUGGGUUGCCAAUUCAGUAGAGCAACGGCUUCUUGAAAACCCCAAUUGCAAGCCUAAAGAGAUCUUGGAGGAAAUUCAUCGAGUUCAUGGUAUUGCUUUGUCAUACAAGCAAGCCUGGCGUGGAAAGGAACGGAUUAUGGCUGCUAUGCGUGGAUCCUUCGAAGAAGACUAUCGUCUCCUCCCACAAUACUGUGAGCAAGUAAAACGAACAAACCCGGGAAGUAUUGCCUCUGUUUAUGGUAAUCCGAAUGACAACUGCUUCCAGCGUCUUUUUAUUUCAUUCCAGGCAUCCAUCUAUGGUUUUCUGAAUGCUUGUCGGCCACUACUUGGGCUUGAUAGGACAUUCUUGAAGAGCAAAUACCUUGGUACUUUACUUCUGGCUACUGGAUUUGAUGGGGAUGGUGACCUGUUUCCUUUGGCCUUUGGUGUUGUCGAUGAGGAGAAUGAUGACAACUGGAUGUGGUUUCUCUCUGAACUCCGUAAUCUGCUUGAGGUCAAUACAGAGAACAUGCCAAGGCUUACAAUUCUGUCAGAUAGGCAGAAGGGCAUCGUAGAUGGUGUGGAAGCAAAUUUUCCCACUGCUUUCCAUGGCUUUUGCAUGCGUCAUUUGAGCGAAAGCUUUCGUAAGGAAUUCAACAAUACAAUGCUCGUCAACCAUUUGUGGGAUGCUGCCCAUGCUCUUACUGUCAUGGAUUUUGAAGCAAAAGUCAUAGAGAUUGAAGAGAUAUCUCAAGAUGCUGCAUACUGGAUUAGGCGAAUCCCCCCUCGUUUAUGGGCUACUGCCUAUUUUGAGGGGACAAGGUUUGGACAUUUGACGGCCAAUAUAGUAGAAUCUCUGAAUGCUUGGAUUUUAGAAGCCUCCGGUCUUCCAAUAAUUCAGAUGAUGGAAUGCAUUCGAAGGCAGCUCAUGACUUGGUUCAAUGAACGUCGUGAGACUAGCAUACAGUGGACAUCUAUUCUCGUGCCUACAGCUGAGAGGCAUGUCACAGAGGCUCUUGAGCGUGCACGUACCUACCAGGUUCUUCGUGCUAAUGAAGCUGAAUUUGAGGUAAUAUCUCACGAGGGGACAAACAUUGUUGAUAUCCGAAAUCGUUGCUGUCUUUGUCGGGGAUGGCAGUUGUACGGUUUACCCUGUGCACAUGCAGUGGCAGCUCUACUUUCGUGCAGGCAGAAUGUCCAUCGAUUCACUGAGAGCUGUUUCACUGUUGCUACAUAUCGGAAGACAUACUCACAAACCAUACACCCGAUUCCAGAUAAAACAUUAUGGAAGGAGUUAGCUGAGGGAGAUCCAAAUGCUAGCAAAGCUGUCACACACCCGAUUCCAGAUAAAACAUUAUGGAAGGAGUUAGCUGAGGGAGAUCCAAAUGCUAGCAAAGCUAUCACGAUUGUCGUUAAUCCACCUAAAUCACUGCGUCCACCUGGCCGACCAAGGAAGAAGCGAGUUAGAGCAGAAGAUCAUGGUCGUGUGAAGAGAGUUGUACAUUGUAGUCGUUGCAAUCAGACAGGCCAUUUCAGGACAACAUGUGCAGCACCCAUAUGAGUCCUCAUUCUGGCAAUAUAUUCUCUGUAUAAUAAAGGUAGAGUGAACCCUUCGUCUGUGCAGAGAUUUUCAUAGAUCUAUUUAUUAUAUAUAGAUUUCACGCUAGUUGAUGUUGCAAGUCAGUAGUGUAAUUCCUGUCCAUGACAUCAUGCUAUUAAGCUUAUGAUAAAUUGCAUCCUGAAUUUGGCUUGAUAAUGCAAUAAUGGAUUGUUAACCUCGUGGUUUUCCUACAA